GUACAUGUGUUCAGAUACCAACAUCAGAUGAAGAUACUAAUAGGGCAGGAAAAAGAAACCAAAUGCCGUUACAGAUUGAUAUUUGGGGAGAAUAUAUGAGUUUUAGAAGUUUCUGCUUUGUGCUUGGUAUACUAGGUUCACUUCUACUAAUUAUACUGAUAGUGUUAUUGCUGGUGUAUAAGAUAUUAAGGGGACAAAAAACUGAACUCCAAACACACAAACCUGCGGUUUCAAAGCCAAUACAUGAAGGGAAUCUUGAAGAUUCUCUCUGCAUCGUAAGCUUUGAUGAAUCAUCCAGCAGGACAAACCAUCUGUCAAUGACUAAAACAAUUGCAGAAUAUGGUGAAUUAAAACUACAGACAAAAAGAGUUGUCGUUAAAAAAAACAGCCUUGAUGAUCUUAAAGAUAGCAUUCCGCCUUCUAAGGUUUUCCUUGUGUAUAUUGAUUACAACGAAGGAAAUGUGAUCCUAGAUAAAUCGGAAACUGGUACAAGGCGACAAACAGUGAAAUAUUUGAUGAAAACUAAUGCUCUUGUAUUUAUUGUGUAUUGCCUGGAAAAAUCUUCUGAGAAUUUGGAGGAAUUGUAUGCACAGAAACUGACUACCAUCAAGACUGAUCCAGUGCUGGUAGAUCUCAGCAAGAGGGAUAGGGUCUUCAGUAUUUAUAAAACCUUCAGUAAAAAGCAGAUGGAAGUUAUCGUCAAGGGUAUUUACGAAUUUACCAAACAAUCUGUUUGAUUUCUUAGUUCAACUUUCCUUUGUUUUGUUUAAGU